AUGUUGUAUCAAACAUGUCAAGGUUUACCCGGAUGCCCAAACGAAGCUGUCAUCUGCUGCAGGGACUGUGAAGGGCUUCAGUUGUACUGUCAAGGAUGCACAGUUGUGCAACACAUUGCAAUGCCAUUGCAUGUUAUGGAGUGUAUCUCACUCCAUAACCUUGGCCUAUGUGUUCAACUUGGCCAUCCUCCUGGAGUCAUGUGUUGCAAUCCAGCCCCUGCAUUUGACAAUGAUUUCAUUGUACUCGAGAUCAAUGGCAUACACAGUGUCACCCUCAAUUUCUGUAACUGCACUACAGUGCAAACUCACAAUAUUCAACUGUUGCGCGCUCACUGGUACCCGUCAACCACUACCAAUCCAUGGACGGCUGCCACUUUCUGCCUUCUAGAUCACUUUCAGAUGUAUACCUUUGAAUCCAAAGGAUCCGCAUUUGAAUACUAUCAAUUGCUGUCAUGUCUGACUGACAAUACCGGGACACAUCAACCAAAGGACCAUUAUGAGUUGUUCCUAAGGAUGAGUUGCCAACAUCCUCACCUCACCUCUCUUUUACGAGCUGGACACAGUCAUGAUCCAAGUGGUAUUCUCAGCACAAAGGAAGGGGAGCUCACAAUACUUUGUCCAGCUUGUCCUCAGCCAGGCAGAAAUUUGCUGCAAGGUUGGGAAAAUGCUCCACCAAAUGUAAAGUGGCUGUAUGGAUUAUUUUUGGCUAUUGAUGCAAACUUUUGGUUAUGCCAUCGCAACAAGUCUUCCAACCAAGCAGGUCCAGGCCUAAGUAAUGGCUGGUCAUAUUUUGAGGUACUGGAUGCUUCCAGUGGGCAGCUACAAGAGAAAAGUUCCUGCGCAGGCCAUAAUGCUGUCAAUCUCGCUGACACUAAAAACACAUGUGGGAUGGCAGCCACAGGUGUUGGGGCGAUAGUUUGUGCAUGCCAUAACCUGACUUGUCCAUCAGCAGUCGGUGAUCUACAGAAAGGUGAAAGAUAUGUCAAUAUGGAUUAUCUUUUCUUCUUGACUUUACAGCAUGCGAGUGAUGUCCAUGUGCUCACCGUCUCUUAUGAUAUCGCAUGCCAAUGGUCCAAACACCUUUGGACCCAGAUGUCAUGGUACCCAUCCAGGAUCCACUUACAGCCCAACAACAAGGUCUUCACAUCCAUAGUUCUGAAAUUCCAUCUGCUGGCACACAUCCUUUCUUGCCAAACCACAUAUUCCCUCAACCUCAUCAAGGGUAUGGCAAGGACUGAUGGCAAGGCCAUUGAACAAGGUUGGUCUAACAUCAAUCCAAUCGCUAUGAGUACACAGGAAAUGGAUUGGAACUGGCACAAAGUAUGUAAUUUGGGUCCUUUCUUUUUAUGGACACUCAAAGAGGUGAUUCCUGAGCGUGACCAGCAUAUCUUCGACCUCCGAGACUUUGAAGAAGCAAUUCCACCAGUCAGUCUUGUGGCCUGGCAGGUCAUGAUCACUGAAUGGGAACAGGACCAAUCAAAGCCAAAUCCUUUCAAGUUGGAGGCGUCAGUCGCCAUGCAAGCUUCCAUCAGGCUCGAACUCUCACAACUCAAAGGGCAACAGCUCAGCCAUGGUGUCAACACCUCUCUGCAUCCAGAUAUAUCUCCAAGUGUGUUAGUAGCAAUACAAAUGCUGUACAUGCCAUGCAUUGCCCACCUGCGAAGCAACACCCCUGAUAUGCCCAACCUGCCAGAAGAGCCAGUCCACUGUAUAAAGUUAUGGAUGCCUUCUGCGGUGGUGAAUAUGGGUAUGACUUGUGAUAUCAACCUCUACAACAUUGAGUGGAAACUGCGUUGUGCCCAGGCAUAUGAUGCUCUCCAAGAACUCCAUAAACAUUUAUCACAGGCAGUUAUCAAUACUGUACAGCUCAAGAUAGAUGCCGCUGCUACAAAGUAUUGCACUGCUUGGGCUGCCUUAGAUUCUCUCAGUGUCAAAUUCCCAAAACUCAACGAUGACAAUAUCCGAGGGAUGACAGAGGCACAGGCAGGGGGAGAAGUUCCGGUUUCCUGGAUUUGGAAGCAACACCAUGGCGCAGGUGAGGAAGAGCUCUCCACAGCCAUGCGUGUGGAAUGGUGCAAAGCAUGCACAUGUGCUGACAGGUGGGCUGAAGAAGUUGAUCUCUUGCAGGAGGAGAUGCAGCGUGUGCUUGCCUAUUUUGAUUGGCAAGGAAGGUGGGUUGAUUUUGCAGUGCAGGAGAAUGAGGCUCUCAUCGCAUACACUUCAUGGCAAGCUAACAUCUGA